AAGUCUUAUAUUUGGCCUAAGUGGAGCAGGAGAAAUGGCUGCUUCCAUUGUGUGUGGCUAAGCUAACCUGCUGUUGGAUUGAAUUCUUUUAAUUUAAAGGGUCAGAGGCUUUAAUUAGUAACGGCGUAUUUGCGGUAAGCAAAGAUCUUAAGAUGUUGAACAACUGUUAUUAACGUGCGUUGUGAAUUAUCAAGAGACACAAGAAAGCGAGAACCUAUAGCGCUAUCUAGCUAACGCUAUAUUAGCUUGUUUGCUUUCAGCCUAGCUCGUAGUGAUUAGCCAGUUCACUAAAGUACUCGUUAGCAAGUCUUAGUUGUAUUCUUCUCUCGCGCAUUGUGAUUUAACUUUAGUAGUUCAGCGCAUCAAUGCCUGAGCAAGGACCGAGAAUGAACGGCUUCUCCCUGGGCGAGCUGUGCUGGCUGUUCUGCUGCCCGCCCUGCCCGAGCCGCAUCGCCGCUAAGCUGGCCUUCCUGCCCCCGGAGCCUACGUACUCGGUGCACACGGAUACCGAGGGCGCGUGCAGCCUGCACCUGAGCGAGCGCGCGGAUUGGCAGUACUCCCAGCGCGAGCUGGACGCCGUGGAGGUGUUCGGCACGCGAACGAGCCGCGGUAACCGCGUGCUCUGCAUGUUUGUCCGCUGCGCACCCAGUAGCCGCUACACGCUGCUCUUCUCGCACGGGAACGCCGUGGACCUCGGGCAGAUGUGCAGCUUCUACAUCGGCCUCGGCUCCCGCAUCAACUGUAACGUCUUCUCCUACGACUACUCCGGGUAUGGCGUGAGCACCGGGAAACCGUCCGAGAAGAACCUGUACGCUGACAUCGAGGCGGCCUGGCAGGUGCUCAGGACAAAGUAUGGCGUGACCCCAGAGAACAUCAUCCUGUAUGGUCAGAGUAUCGGUACAGUGCCAACGGUGGACCUGGCGGCACGGUAUGAGUGUGCAGCAGUCAUCCUGCAUUCCCCGCUCAUGUCUGGACUGCGCGUGGCCUUCCCCAACACACGCAAAACCUACUGCUUCGAUGCUUUCCCCAGCAUUGAUAAGGUGUCAAAGGUGGCCUCUCCGGUCCUCGUGAUUCAUGGCACAGAGGACGAGGUGAUCGAUUUCUCGCACGGCCUGGCCAUCUACGAGCGAUGCCCGCGUGCCGUGGAACCGCUGUGGGUGGAGGGCGCCGGGCACAAUGACAUCGAGCUGUACGCCCAGUACCUGGAGAGACUCAAGCAGUUCAUCUCCUUCGAGCUGGCUACCUCUUGAAAGCACACUGCAGCACACUGUACAACAUCACGGCACACACUGCGAUGAGCUCCUCUCAGCUCUUUACACACCGAGCCGAGGAUCAGAGUCAAGGAUUUGCACUUGCUGACAAAUUCUUUUUAAGUGUAUAUGGUGGUAUUAAGGAAUGGGGCCUUUCCAUUUCUGCAAAGAGGAAACGCCCUUUAUCGAUUUUUAUUUUUGAUUCUUUUAUACUUGAUGAAGAAAAAUUUUAAGUGCACCACAUUACAUAUUUUGUGUGUUUUUGAUUUGUCCAGCUGAUUUUUUUGUGUGUGUAAAACCCAACAGGGGAAAGUAAAUAGAUGCACUAUUUGUUGUACUGUUAUGUUCAGUUGACAACUCUUUAUUUUUAUUUAUGUUAUUUUUUUUAAGUUCUUUGUUUUGUUUUCAUUAUUUCUAGGCAUUCCACUGAUCCACUGGAUUCUCUUGACUGGGGUCAAAGAGGAUUUGCUCUCAGAUUUUUUACAGAGCCAGUCUGUGUGUAGUGUUUUUUUUGUUUGUUUUGUUUUUUUUUUUGUUUUUUUUUGUGGUUUUUUUUUUGUUGCCAGUAAGUGAAGGAAUACUACCACUGCGAAUGCAUCAAUAUCACAUGAGUGAUCAAACCACUACAUUGUUUCUGGCUCUGGAGCAUGGUGCUGUGUGUUACUACAGUAAUCAGGGCAUUGUUUGAGCAUACACACUACAUAAAUAAGGUGUUCAUUUAUGAAAUCUUGGUCUCUGUUUUGGCGCCAGUUCUACAGUAAGCCUUAUGCUCUCAGAUGUUUUUGCUGUCUCAUUUCACAGGAGCAGGCUUUUCUCAAGGUUAAUACUAGCUGCUACUCUUCCAAUGAGAAAAAUCACUGUGAGACCGAACUGGCAAAACAAUAAGGGUACAAGGUGAAUUGUAUUGAGCCACAAAUAAUCUCUCACCCACCCAAAAUUCUGCAGCUGCUUCCUCAUUCCUGACAUUAUCUACUGACCCUAAAGGACUAUAACCUCUGAACACAAAGACAAGAGAACACUAAAAGUCCUCAUAUUUCAGUGCUAGCUUUGCAAAUGUUAAUGUAUUCAGGAGUAGCACUGGACACUAGAAGCUACAAUGGUUUAAUUAAUAAGAAGAACUCUUGUUUAUUCGAAGUAGGUGCAAUUACUAUGUUGCAACUUUUUGUGAAGGGUUUUUUUUUUUUCUUUUUUUCUUUUUUUGUGCAAAUGGGCUGGACUGAUCAGUGUUCAUCUAUAUAUUGCUGUAAGAUAACACUGCAUUGGCAGACACGUGUGUAAUGGGAUGUUUUUGUGUUUCUCCAUGGGGCCUGAAAGAGGUUUGAACCUCGUCCUUUAUCCUCUGGAGUUUCUGAUGGAGACGCAGCCCUAACUGAGCCCCUCUGUUGCUUUUGAUACCGAUGUUUUUAACAAUGUUUUUUCCAGUACUUAUUAAUAUUAUCUUUACACCUCUUUUAAUGCUGGUUUGUAAGAUAACCGUACUGUAUACAUCAUCUCUCCUCUCAAUAGAUAUGUAAAACAGGAAACUGUAUUUAGUCUUUUUAAUGAUUUUGACACUGGAAUUGCUGUAUGCAAGUAUAAUGCUGAAAAAAGAAAAUAGUUGGUACAAAAUGUGCUAGUGUAAUUUGUUUUCUCAGAUCAAAUGAAAAAGCCUUAAAUGUGCUGUGAGACAGAUUUAUUACUCACUUGAUGUUGGUUGUUGCCUCAGAGCAACCCACUGGAUGUUGUAUUGCUAUAUAAUGGAAUAAAGGAUGCAUGGAAUAUUGAA